AUGCUGUCCAACCCCCCCCACAUCGACAUAGUCGAGGCACCCCUUCCAGCCAUCCGAGCAUCGUCCAGGGUAGCAUUCAUAACCGACGCAGAGACCUGCCGAAACCAAGAAGCCCUCGUCGACCGUAUUGCAGAGAUCAUCGCCUCAUAUCGCAUCUGCGGGCCCGACGACCGCUACGAGGAUGUAUACAAGCCCCGACUCCUCGAGACCCUGCAGUAUUUCGUCUCGAACAACAAGGAGAUCAACCUGGUGGUCCCCGCAUACCCGUUCAAAAGUCCAAACCGUGAAGAUAAAGUCCUGGGACCGGACCCAGACGUUGGCGAGCGCCUGUCCCUCGAACAUUUGAACUCGCUCGGUGCAAGAAUUACCCAGAUCUACCCAGGAGGCGCUCAAAUCACUAUAGUCAGCGAUGGCUGCUGCUACAAUGAUCUGCUUGGUGUGUCCGAUGAGGUAACAUACAGGUAUACCGAGGGCCUGCACUGGAUUGUGGACAGACUGGGUCUGCGCCAUAUCCGUUUUGCAGACCCAUUCGAUCUUCUCGAUGGUGCACCCAGCGUGCCCGUUAGCGAGGAGGAAUACGUUUCUCGCAUCGAUGAUCUCAAGGAACGCCUGUUCAGAGGUUGCUCCGGCGAGAAACCCCAAACACUGGAUCACAAUGCCACCCUCACGUAUCGCGGAUACAUCAGGUUCCUGAUGUCUGAUCUGGCAACCUUCUACCAGAAGAAGAAGGUGAGUAAGAGUGCCAUCAAGAAACACUCUGCCGUCGUUGCCCGUGUCAUGAUCGAGCGCGGCCAGGUCUUCUCGGCUCUUGUGGCGGCCGCCUCGCCGCCCCACGUCCGCCUCUCCAUCCACGCGGGUGACAACACGAACAAGCUGUCUGUGGCACUGCUUCCCCAGAAGCGGUUUAGUAACUUCCCUGUUACGCCAUGGCACAACACCCCCUGUCUUGAGGCGAAUCAGGUGUCCGUGAGUCUUGGACGUAAGCCCACAGGUGGCACCGACGGAGGCAUCUCCUAUCGAAUCUGCCACGACGACCUAGGACUGCAGUUUCUGUGCGCAGAUGUCUCGAUGUACGGCGUGAUUGAAAGCGAGCUCCAGACCGAACUCCACCCGCUAUACCCCUUCGGACUGAAGGUUCGUGUCCCGCAGGACCUACCGAUGACACGAAUGCGGUUGGACCGGGUCGCGGAGCUGGCUCAGGUGCAUUCCCCGAUUUUGUUCGAGGGCCUGGACCCCAUGCAGUAUACCGCCGAGACCGGCAAGGAGUUCCUUCGUGUCGCUGGUCGCGGACUGUCGCUAAGCCUCCUGCAUGAAGGUGUUGCUGCGAGUUCGGCGGCCACGUCUUACUUCGUGCAGAUUCCUGCUGCACGGGAGGAUGGUGAUGCGCUCGUUCCAUUUGUUGAGGCGGCUGCAGCGUUGGAUGAUGUUCGUCUUCGUGUUUUGCAUCGCUGGCAGGCGGGCGAUGCUGUGGUUUCUGACCAUCGCAUUGCCCUUCCUGUUCAUCUCAAUCCAUCUUUCUUGAGGGUUCUCCGUGGAGACUGA